AGGAGUAGUGUAGCGUGAGAGUAAAUUUGAUUGGCUGUGGGAGGGGGCCGUGAGCUCGGAGAGAGUGCUGAGCAGGCAUUCAUGAGAUACAGUAAGAAAAGCCUCUUUCCCCCUGCCGCUCGCUUCAGAUGCAGGAACCGACCAGAGCGCGGUGCCUGUGUGUUAGUAGCACAGAGAGAGCAUGACCGGACUGGAAUCUCACAGGAGUGACGGCGCUGUGAAUGAAGCACUGACAGCUCGCUCUUUCUUUCUCCUGCCGUAGCUGUCCUCUGGGCACAGGGGAGAUGGGGAGACCGCUUUAAAGUGAGCUGAAUCGUCUCUGGGCAGAGCAAUGUGGCCAGGAGGAGCAGGGCAUGGGAGCUCAUUGCUGUGUGGAUCAUCUCGCUUCUUAGCCUCCGUUCUGUGAAGCAUCCUUGGUUUUUGUGGGGCUUUACAUGGCAUUUGGGAUAAAAAGCAGGAUAUUAUCUCUUUUUUCUUUUCUUUUCUUUAUAAAACAAACCAAACAUAAUUUGGGAGGCAUAGUAUCUUCUUCCUCUCUUCUUCUUCUGUUAACCCCUUCUUUUUGGUAGGAGAGGAAGGGGGAGACUGUGCCACCCAAGGGAAUGUUUCCUGUGCAGGAGAGACUUUUCAGCAAGUAAGCACGUUGUGUUUCCCAACUCCUGGCUGGGCAAGGCUCUUGUUAGCCCACUGGAAGCUUUCUCUACACACUGUAUUCCUUGGCAGGAUGGCAGGCAAAAGAACAGCUGGCAGAAAGCAAUAAGGAGGGGAAGCCAAAUAAGGAAGUGGUCCAUAACACGCCCUCCAGUAAAAUAAUCCUACAAACAUUGUUGACAAUAAUAAUUGUGGAACACUUUUUUGACGUCACAAUGCGCAGAUCUAGCACAGAUGAAUCUACCUAUCACAGGAGCCCAUCUUUGGACAGCAAGGAUUACAGUUUUCCAAAUGGCGCCUUCCGUCGCUACAGCAGCAUGUAUGGUGGCCAGUUUGGGGCUGCAAGCAACUCUUUUUUUGGAUUCCACACCAACCCAGGUCCUAAGGCCACCAAGGCUAAAUACACAUCCCCCAAGGGGAACAAGUAUGUGGUCUUUUACUUGGAUCUCUCCUUUAUUUUUCUUCUAGAACUGAAGAGGUGCAGUAUGGCUCACAACUGCCUGCAGUGCAUUAAGUACCUCAUGUUUGUCUUCAACCUCCUGUUCUGGCUGGGAGGCUGUGGGAUCCUUGGAGUUGGCAUAUGGCUAGCCGUCACUCAAGGGAACUUUGCCACCCUGUCCUCUUCCUUCCCUUCACUGUCAGCUGCCAACUUGCUGAUCAUCACGGGAACUUUUGUAAUGAUCAUUGGUUUUGUGGGGUGCAUAGGAGCCAUCAAAGAAAACAAGUGCCUCCUACUCAGUUUUUUUAUCAUGCUGUUAAUUAUAUUUGUGCUGGAGCUCACCGUGGUGAUUCUCUUCUUCGUCUACACCGACAAGAUUGAUAAGUAUGCUCAGCGGGACCUGAAGAAAGGGCUUCAUUUGUAUGGAACUGAAGGAAACAUUGGCCUCACUAAUGCAUGGAGCAUCAUACAAACAGAUUUCAGAUGCUGUGGAGUGUCAAACUACACUGACUGGUUUGAAGUGUACAAUACUACACGUGUCCCGGAUUCAUGCUGUUUGGAAUUCAGUGAGAAUUGUGGUCUUCAUUCCCCAGGGACCUGGUGGAAAGCUCCUUGCUAUGAAACAGUGAAAAUAUGGCUGCAGGAAAAUCUGUUAGCAGUGGGAAUUUUUGGAUUGUGUACAGCUUUGGUUCAGAUUCUUGGACUGACAUUUGCAAUGACCAUGUACUGUCAGGUUGUCAAGGCAGAUACCUACUGUGCAUAAAAAAUCAUAUUCAGAGUCCAUCUGCCAUGGCUCAUCCACUCUACAGGAUGAAAGAAGGCUCUUCUUCAUGCUCAACAUAAUUUUUUCCUAUGUAAAAUAAACUGUAUAAUCCUCUUUGGAAAUUUUGUGAAUCACCCUCGUUUGUCACCACCAUCCAAAUGGACAUGUCAAGGAACUAAGCAGACUUGCUUAGACAAAAGACAAUAUUAUCUCUAGGAAAAGAGAAAGCUACUGAGGAAGGAAGAAAUUGCUCCUUUUGCACAGACCAUGGUGUGGGUGAAGAGGCUGAUUUUAAUAUAUAAUCCUGCAGGCUGCUGAUAAAUAGAUGUUUUCCAGUGUGGUGAUCCCAGCAAUUCCAAGAAACAUUGAGUCAAAUUGUUUGUCAAGAUGGGUGUUGAGGAUAUACCCUUUUAUUGCAGUUUGACUUUAUAGGCUGUUGAGAUGUCAGCUUAACAAGAAUAUUUGUGAAUUCUCAAGAUUCCACCAUGGAGCGUGUGUUUGGGAAGCUUUUUUCUGCUUGAAGAAAUGGUGGCAGUGUCAACAUCUCCAACUUCAGAGCAGAUAAGGAAAGCAAACCUAUCCUGGGCCUGUUUAUGUUUGUCACUAUAUACAUGUGGUGCAUUCUAAAGAGAGUAAAGUAGUGUAGCAGCUUCCUGUAGAAGCAGGGAAAGGUUCCCCCCCCCCUCAUCUCUGUGUGCAGGGACCAUGCAUUCAGAAGGAGAUAAUACAGAGAGAAAGGCAGGAUAUAAAAUAAAAUGGGGGAAGGAAUAUAGCCCACUGUACAACAAGUCACUAUUUCCAAUAUAUCUCUUCUUCAGGAAAGCAGCAGCAGUAGCUAACUUUCUUUCACUGUUAUUUGAGUUUUGUUUUAAACGUCAUUUUUCAACUUUUCCAUGCAUUUCAAAGUGUGAAUUUCCAUAAAGAGAUUGAAGCUACUUUUCUCCAGUAUACAAUUUCAUUAAAUGUUCAUCUAUACUUUCAUCUCCAAAUAGUUUGGGCUCACCAUGCACAUGAGAAAAUCCUUCAUGUAGACAGGUUUAAGUUGUAGUUUUUUUAAAAAAAUAAUGCAGCUUCUGCUUUGUUUGAUUCUAGGAUGAGUAAGGAAGUAAUGAAGAAAACACUCUCAAUAAAUAAUGAACAUUGUUGUUGACUUAUUCUUUAGGUUUUGUAAUUUUGACAAUAAUCUAGUUGAUUUAUAUUUAGUGAGUGUGUUUUUUUUAUUAGUGAUGGCCCUACUUUAUUGGAGUUGAGACCCUUCCCUCACUUUGCCAGGUCUUAACAUAAUUUCCCCACUAUUUAAAUUUUACAUGAGCAUCUCUGUCUCUUGUCUGAAGAAAUACAAACUGAACCAAACAAAAUUCAUGUUUAGACACUUAGACAUGACCUUUCUUCUCAUUACAGAGUGGCCAAAGUAGCCAAAAACAUUUAAGAAUAAAUUCACAUAGAUUCUGAAUUUAUUAUCACAAAGAUUAGAACGGGGAAACAAAUUCUGAGAAAAAGAGAUAGCUGUGACUAUGUUGUAAUUCCAGCUAUAAGAUUAUAUUCUGUGAGUCUGUGAUGGUUUUGUCAUACAUAACAUUGAGGAAAAUUUUGGAGGUCAGCUUGUAAACACUGGUAUUCAGAUCAAAUACGUGUUAUUUUCCUGCCUAAUUUUCUCUACCUUGAGCAAUUGAGGACUUUAAGCUAGUCUUUCAAUUUUACCCAUAUAGAUCCUUGGUACUACUCUGUACUUAGUGACUGGGUAUCAACAUGAAGCUCUGGCUUGAAGCCCAAAGAUUAUGCAAUUUAAUUUCAACUAGCCAGGGCAGACAUUUAUCAGCUAGGUUGAAAGGGAAUACUAUCUUUAUAUAUAUAUAUCCAAUGAACUCUUUCAAUACAAAAUCUUAAAUGAUUCAAGGAGCAUCUAAAUUUUGUAAGGAGCUUCCAGAAACCAGAAAUCAGGUGAGAAGACCAUAUGAUCAACUCAAGGUUUCUCACAUCAGGUAGGAUUAUUGCUCUACUGCCUGAAUCAGGUACCUGCUGGUAAGAGAUACUAAGUAAUAUUAAUGCUAAUGAGGUGUAUGUCAGAGGUGUGCAAAGAGAGAAAAGACAAUUUAAUUAUUUGAUACCUCUCCCUACAGCAGGAGUUCUUACAGCAGAUAUAUCAAUUACCGGUACUACUUCUAGUGAAAGAGCACAACAUAUGUGCAAAAUCUAAUCUAAGGACCUGUUUUCUAGCAAGGUAACUGUCAUCCACAAGUCAAGGAAUUGUAGUUUGCUGAUUAAGCUGAAAAGCCUCCAGAAUCCCUGCCAUGCCUUAAACCUCAAUAACCUUAGCCAUGAUUCACUGGGAUAAUUAAUUGCUAAUCCAUCUUAAAUCUAUAUCAUAGACAUACCUGGCUGAAGACUUAUAGCACCAGCAAGCAACCCAGUUUUUGCUAUCUAUACAAACAGCUACAGCCAAACAUGUAAUUCAGAAUUGUAAAAGGAAUAUUUGUGAAAAUCUGAAACAUCUUGACACUGCCAAGGAAAUCUAGAAUCUUCUUACAUUGUUCUACAUUCCAAAAUGUACUGUUGAUAUCACAGAUGGGAAAUCAGUCACUGUAAUAUGAACUAUAAGUCUGGAUCUCAGUCCUAUUCAAAUAGAUGCUCUUAGUUUAAGAGCUUAAGUACUAAGCCAAAAAAAUCAUGUUCUCUUUUGAAAAAUGAGUAAAAAGCCAUAGGCAGAUCAAAAAGCAGGGCUCAUAAACACCAGACAUUUUAACCUUAUAGUAACCUCAGAUUUGGCACAUUCGUGCCUAAUCUGACGGAGCAGAAUGUAUCUCAAUUUGCCUGUAUCACUGCCACAGCUGCUAGUUGGCCACAGAGUUCUAUGUGAGCUCCUGACCAUCAUGAGUGCCUCACUUGACAUCAGAUUGGGUCAACAACAUGACUAGCAUGAAGGAGAGAGGCAAUCUUUCCUCCUCCUUCUUGGCCACACGGAUGCCAUAUUCUGACUCUGGCAGAGGCACCCACAUGACCAGGAAAAAGGGGUGAGUUGCCUCUCUCAUUCAUGCUGGUCAUGCAGGCAUUUGGAUGUCAUUAGAAACACUGACAAUGGCUUGGAGCUCACAUUGAGCUCCAUGACCAGCUAGAAUAAACAAUAACAUGGCCAUAAUCCAUCCCCUUUCUCUGCACUGAUGAGUGCAAGAAAAAGGUGAUGGCACUGGUGUCCCAUCUCAACAGUGUAUUAGACCAAAUCACACCCGAAACAGCUGUCAAACUGCCCUGAAGCUACUGGAGUUUCCAACACACUCUAGAACAGUGGUCCCCAACCUUUGGCUCUCCAGGUGCUUUGGACUUCAGACACAAUUCCUAAAAGCUGGGAGCUGAAGUCCAACAUACUUGAAAGAACAAAGGUUGGUAACCACUGCUCUAGAAUAUCCACUGAAUUUUCCAAAAGCAGGAAAAGGUCUAUUUAAACCUCCAAACCCCAAUAUACUCACUUGAAGUAGCUGUGCAUCAUAAAGACCGCCAGCUUUUUCAUUUGAGGUGAAUCCAGAGUUUGACUAGUGUAGACAAACCCUUAAUCAUGGGGGGGGGGGGACCCAAACUGCAAUAAAAAACUAGGAACUGAAUGUUUCCUAAUAUCCUAUCAUACAUCCCAAUAUUCCUCACUAGCCACCAUCCUUACUAUUUGUGCAAGCUUUCAAAGGUUAUGUUUAAAGCAACUGUUUAUAUGCUAUUUCCCAUCUCUUUCUAUGAUAGUUGCUCUCUAUUUGCCUGCCUUUUCCUUACACAUGAACCCAUUGCAACUUGGGAGUUCCGUUGCUGUUAGUUGUCACGGUUCAUUACCACUGUUGUACUCACAAGCAUUCCUGUCGACAGCUUGUGGUUUCCCAUCUCUGAAGAGUAGAAUAAUGGAGUGAUGAGCACAUUAAUAAAACAUUGGUUCGAAAAAGAUUAAAGACAUGGAAUCUAUUUGUGGAGACACCCCCUCCCCCAUUAAAAAUCAACACAUCAGUCCUGGUGACUCAGCAGAUAAGAGCACAGAAGUUGUGUUGUAGAAGGAAAUGUUAUGGGAGGGUCCUGCGAGACAGCUGUUAAUCAUUUUACUGUUUUGCUUCCAAAGUGGAGAAAAUGAGCACCGUCAAACACCUCGCAUUUUCCCUUUCUAUUUUAAAUUAUGCUCCUGGUACUGCUAUACCAGAGGCCUGUUUGGAAAUUUGAAUGAGCACCCUUGCAUUUCUUUCCAGUACUCCCUGCCAUCCCUCACAGAGGUGUAGGAAGUGCCAUUUCCCCACCACCACCAGUCACAAACCAGAAUCAAACUGCUUCAGGGCUCAAUGGAUUUAUGACAUUUUUAAAAUCCUAUGCCUCAGCAGUCAGAGCCUGGGACAAAAGAUACACCCUCAAAAUUAAAGAACCAACUUCCAUUGGGUAUGUUCUAAGUCUAGAAGGCGAUUUUCAAUGCCAGGAUUCAACAGAACCAAUUCUCCUUUCACAGAACAGCCCAAUCUUCCCGAUUAUGCCAAGUUGUCUCCAUUUCAGCAACUGAAUUGCGCACGAAUUAAGAAUGCCAUUGCUGUUGUUAUUCCAACAGCUGGGAGGUGGGAGCCCUUAUGUAUCCUGUUGUAAAGCACCCAGAAAUGUACCAGUAGAUUCCAACUUACCUUCUGCCCACCCCAAUGCAAACCAUGGCAUACCCCUAGAGCAGUGCUGACCUUUAAAAGCAACAAUAUUAUAUAUUCUUAGCAUGCAAACAGCAUUAUAUUGGUUAAAUGAUUUUGAUGCCCCUUCAUUCACAGCUCUAGGCUGUGCCAAAUGGAUAUAGACAAGGGGGGGGGGGCAGAUGCUCUGGCCUUUGACAUUCAGGGUACACCACUGAAAUAAUUAAUUGACUUUCUUGAUGGAGAGAGGCCUUAUCAGGUUGGUCAGGCCAUUCAGUGUUCUUCACUUUAAAAAUCAAAGGAACAGAAACUGACAUUUGACAUGCAUCAGUGCAGCUAGAGAGUAAAUCUAGCAUCAGCCAUCAAUCCAACACCAGCUAUGAAAGCUACAUAGAAGUAGCUCAAACAACUUGGAACAUAAUCUUGUGAUAUUCAUACUAUGUUCAGUUCAUCAGUCACACAAGCUUGCUUCAGUGUUUUUUUUAGAUGAAGGAAAUAAUGUAGCCUCUGAAUAAGAACCAACUUCUUUAUCCUGUCCCACUCUACUAGCCUGUUAGCUAAACGUGUUCAAAGCAGCAUGGAAAAAGCCGGUGCCUAUGUUUUUCUCUGUUAAAGCACAGGGCUUUAAAAAUGUAUAAAAUGACCAAAGCCAUUUAGGGUUCAGGAGCCAAGCCUGCCUCUAAAUAUGUGGGUUUGGGUCCUUGGUGCUUAGUUUUUGGUACAUGGCCCAAGGGCUUAUUGUAAUAUUAUUCAAACCAAUGCAAAUUAGAAUGUGGGUUUACAUUUCAGUCUAGCAUUUGUUGGGACCGUGUUGUCUUGUGUCUACUAUGAGUAUACCGAAUACAAUGUGUGCUGUAUACAAUAUACUGUAAAAUAACUAUUCAUAGCUGCCCAGUUUUGUUAUCUGUCUCAUAUCGGGGUGGGGGGUAGGUGGGAUUAUUCAGCACAGUUAACAGAAUUCUGAUCUAUGAGAACUUCCUUUAACACUAGUUUGUCUUUCUUUCCAUUUUAUUGCUGCCACUAUAAUUGUACAGAAUUGCAACAAAAGUGAAUUUGUCACAGAUGCUUUGAAAGACUAUGCACCUUAUCAACAGAAGUGUAAAUGCUUUUUACAGGGUUGUGCAAUGAGGUUUUUGGAGGUUCUCAGGUUGCAAUCUGUCAGUUUGAGGCUCUUCACAUAUAAUAGAAUGGGAAUCCAUGUGGAAGAGAUGGUACUACUGCAUAUAUCAGUUCACAAGCUGUGAAUAAUAUACAAAAAGGAAUGUGGCAGCAGCAGAACUGGGUUUGUGUUAAGACCCAUGUUUUCCAAAAAAAAGCUCCCCAAAAAAUAACUGUCAGGUUUUGUUUUAUGCAUGCUAAUUAAAGAUAAGUUUCACUAAAGACAGUGGAAUUUGUCUUAGGAGCUUAAAUGCCAUUUUGCAUGUUAUGUGAGGCACAUCUGAGUUUGCCACCAAGUGCACACUGAACAAAACAACUAUACUAGAUGUGACAUGCUGUCAUAUGCAUCAGUCUCCAACAAUGAUUACUAUCACUACAGCUCCUAUUACUAUUACCAUCCACCACCAGUCCUUGGCUAGUGUCCUGUUGGUGCUGUACACCAGCAUAAUAUGCCAGCAGAACUAGUGGUAGCAGUAGGGAAAAGGCCAAUUACACAGUGGAAAUGAAUGAAGGAAGGUUUGGAGAAACAGAUUGCACCUGCCUUUUCCCACCUCUGCUGUUUGACUUGGGAAAAAGUACAAUCGCAGAAGAGUGCACCAAAAGAAUCCUAACCAUUGCCAUCACCAAUGAUAAUAGUAAUAAUGGAGAAACAAUGGAAUAGGAAAGCAGCUGCUGGCAUUUUCCUUCCUCCCUGGUCAUUUUGUCUCAAAAUUCCUUGCCUACAUUGAAAACUGUAUUCUCUCUUGUAGGAAGGAAAACAGCCUGCAGAGUCUCAGUUGAGCAGAAAAAACACUUGAGUAGAAACAUUUAAGCCAAAUGCCUCCUAAGAUUUCUUCCAUGCCAACUCAUAGACUCUCAAGGCUGUUAUUAAAAAUAAACCAAGAUCUGCAUGCAACUCUAGGUCACAUCCAAUUUGACCCAGAUUUCUGAAGCAGCCCCAAUACAACACACAUUUCCAUAAAAAUUUGUCAUAGAUGUGUACUCAAAACAUCUCAAGUGUAUACCUAAAAACCUAUUGUGUGGGAAGGCCUCUAAGACCUGUUGGUGCUGUGAGAGAUUUAAGCUCCUUGGCACCUAUAUUCUACACUUUUGUAAAUGUUGCCCUCUGUUUUGCAGAACAUUUAGAACUACGCAGCAAUUUCAGCUCAUGGCUCCAUUCUUAAUCUUGUUUCCCCUCCCAGUGUUAAUCUGUUCCUGUCCCUUGUAGCUUUCCUUGAUUUCUUGGAUAUUCUUGCUGCAACAAAAAGGAAUGGUAUAUUUUCAUGCACCUCAUAGGAAGAAGAAGAAGAAGAAGAAGAAGAAGAAAAAGCUAUACAUUAUUUUUUAAAAGACUUAUUAAACAUUCUUUAAAGUUUACAGUGGAAUGACUUUUGUAUUAUUUGACAUGCAUGUAUAAAGUAUUAUUAUAUAUUGUCAUUUUUUUAAAAAAAACUUUCAAGUUCCUUUUCUGUAUGGAAAAAUACAUUGCCCAUUUUCUCUA